UCCUGUUGUGCCCGACGCCGUCGGGGUGUCGGGGCGCCCAUCGCGCACGCAUGCAUUCCGACGACGCGCGCAUUCCGCCGUCAUAGUUCACGCACCCACGCAUGCGAGCACAUGCACGCGCUCUCUCACGUAGCCGGAGGCGUUUUAAAGCACGUAUACACACGCGAGACCAUGAACGCCGAGACGACGACGAUCUGCCUCUCGGUGCUGUGCAUUUACGUGAUGACGGCGCCGUCGCCGUCGACGCCGCCGCCGCCGCCGUCGCCCUCACUGUCGCCGUCGCCAUCCCCGCGGCCUUCGGAAACGACGCCGCCUCGUCCCACUGACGUGGCUUACGCGAGCCCACUGGAACCACACUUGGAGAUCCUGCCGAGCGGCGAGACGCAUUCGAAACCGAUCGGGACCAGCAUCAUCCUCACGUGCAAGCCGAAGGUGGACCAACCGAACCUCAUCAACGAUAUGAAAUGGCUCGACACGCGGAACCGAACGAUCGAGCCCGUCAGUCUUCUUGUUUUGCCGCUGAAAAGCUCGCACACGGGACAGCAGAAACCGGCGAUGUAUACCGAGAGGUAUGCGGACGGCAGUCUGGCUCUGUUCAUUAAUUCCCUCGACGAAAACCAGGCCGGGAAGUACUCUUGCAUUGGGACUUACGCGAAUUCCGUGACGAUGAGCAAGUCUAUCACGAUCGAGGCCAUCAUCGCGAUCACUUGGGAAAACGCACCGUUGGACCAGCAUCCUAUUCUUGGUGAGGACUUCCCUAUCCAAUGUCAAGUACGCGCUAGGCCUGCGCCUCUGGUCGACUGGCUCUACAAUGGCGAGCUGAUCAGGACCAACAAUCGUUAUAUCAUAGACAAGUUCACAUUGACGAUCAAGGAUGUUCAGGAAUCGGACGACGGUGUGUACACCUGUCGAGCGUCGGUGCAGGCCACUGGAGAACUGAAGGAGCGACCUAUUAAAGUUGAGGUGUACACGCGACCCUCGAUCGAGGAGUUCUCGAGCCCGGUCGAGAUCAUCGAGGGCGAGAACGCGAACAUCGCGUGCAAGGCCAGUGGCAAGCCGCCGCCAACCCUGAGCUGGAUCAAGACUCUCACCCACAUGAACCUCUCCGAGGCCGAUCGCUUCGGCGUCGAUCCGUACACCGGUAUGCUCACCAUCACCGACGUGAAGCGUGAGGACGCCGGCGAGUAUCAGUGCGCCGCGAAGAGUCCGGCCGGCGACGCCAGCAUGAACAUCCUGGUGAACGUGAUCGUCAAGCCCAAGAUCAUGGAGUUCACGAACAUGAGCGUGGUGGAGAAGAAGCAGGUGGACAUAAUGUGCAAGGCGUUCGGUCGGCCGCCGCCUGAAGUGACCUUCAGGAAGUUCACGGCCGACAAGCAGUACGUGAUGGGAGCCCAACCGAACGACGACCGGAUCAUCAUGAUAAACAAGCAGAACGAGAUGAACGGCGAGACCGUCGGCAAUCUGACGAUCUUGAACGCCCUCAGGUCGGACGACGGUCUGUACGAGUGCAUUGCGAAGAACCGUGGCGGCGCCGCCUACAAGAACGGCCACCUCACCGUCGAGUAUCCGCCUUCCUUCCGACUGAUGCCGAACAUCACGAUGUGGUCCUGGGACAAGCGGACGGUGAACCUGACCUGCAUCGCCGAGAGCAUACCGAACGCGACGAUACGCUGGACGAUGCACGGCGACCAGAAAAUCGAGAACCAUGCGAUGAUCCAGCAGAUCGACAACGGGCCGAUCUCCGUCCUCUCGGUCACGCCGAUCGACAACAGGUACUACACCCAUUACAAGUGCAUCGCUUCGAACGUCCACGGCACGCGCGACCAUCUGAUCGAGCUGAGGGAGGCGAAGAGGCCCGGCAACCUGCUGGACGUCAAGAUGACCGAGAUAAGCGCGACGACGAUCACGUUCGGCCUGAUACCGCCGAAGCAUCCGGAUCUACCUGUCAACAGCAUCACCGUGCAGUACAAGAAACUGAACGACAUCUGGCCGCAGUCGAAGAACAGGACGUGGACCGUCGGUAGUCGAUACACCGUUGAGGAUUUGACGCCGAUGACGUCGUACGAUUUUCGAUUUGCGGCGAUGAACGAGGUCGGUCUGGGUAACUGGGGCAACGACUUUCACGAGAUGACGCCCGGUAAAACGGCGCCGAUGCAGCCGAAGAUCAUGACGAAGAAUACGAAGGAUGAGUACGAAAUAUCGCCGUACAAUAAUCAGUACGAGCUCGCCUGGAAGACGCCGGCCGAUAACGGCGAGCCGAUAGAUCUGUACCAGAUCAAGUACUGCCAGAUAAAACGCGUUUCCGGCGAUUGGGACACAUUGCACGAUAGCUGCGUAUUGAUAACUGUCAAACCUCAGAAUAGGCACUGGCUGAAGGACCUGAACUCCGACUCCUUCUACACUGUCGAGCUGCAGGCUCACAACGCGAUGGGCUUCAGCUCAGCAGGACUCGCCAGGUUCAAGACGUCCAGAGAGUCUUCGGGACACAGAGAGGACUAUCCAGUAAUAUCUGAUGCUGGUAAUACAAGCAAGAUCGCCGUGGCCGCUAUUACCACAGCAGUAUUGCUCCUAUCUCUAGCCAUUUAGAGUCGCCGUCAGGGAUAUUUGCUCCUCGCGCUAAUCUUCCCUCCGUCGUGAACGCGAUAGGAAGCGCGGCGAAUUCGCCAACAGUACAAGAGAGACACCACGAUGGACGAGAAAGAAUGAAAGAAAAAGAGAGAGAGAGAGAGACGCUCCACUAAUAUAGCACACAUUCUUUCGCGAUUUGCUGAAACUCUCGCGUGUUUCGUUCGAAUCUGAAAUCGAAUUGUCCGGAUGAGAAUCUCGGAGAGUCGACGAGGUGCGUGCGUUUCGGAACUCGUGCGAGACACGACGGCGUAGGUUAAAUCGCGGGGCAUUUAUACAUACUGUGUCGUUCAUUUGUAUCCAUUUAGUAGUAAACGAUCGACAACGAACGAACAAAACGGAUGAAGCAAAUCGACACGUUCACCGGUACAUUCCGCAGUUAAACAAGAGGAGAUAUAGCAUUUAAGUGGGUCCUUUAAGAAGAAGAGCGCGCGACAGGCCGCGAAGCGAGGUGUAUUUAUAUACUUAUUUGUUUGUUAAAUGCUCACUGUUAGUAGACGUACUAGUACGUUUCCUUCCACUCUUCUUUCGUGUGUUAAGUUAAGGCUGUACCUUUUGGUGACCCUUGCAAGAGGCGGACGCGCAUCCGCACUAUACCCAAGGAUCACGCUGCUCGCACUACCGUGCUGCAGGAAAAAGAACAAAAAAAAAAAGAAAGAGAAAAGAAAGUAAUUAACGUGGCCAAUACGAUAAAAUAUACGUACGCACCGAUAGUCUCGCGUGUCUCGGUGGAUCGCGUUACACAAUUAACUAACGACUGUCUCAAUAUUCAAGUCGGACUGUCCGGUUUUUCCAUGCGAAGUUAAGUAUAAACGAGUCACGACGAUGCGUCGAUAAAUUCUUGCGGUAACGAGUUUUUUGUAUUAGAAAGACACACGAUAGCGGUGACUAAACGAAAUGUGUGCUUCCCCCGUAUGUACGUUGAUUCGAGCGAAAAUCAACGAUCCGUCGAUCGAAUAGACGUCUAGUUUUCGUUGCCGAUGCGUACUGCGCGCGUAACGCCGCUGUAUCCGCUCGGUACACCGAGCGUAUAAAUAUUAACGAGCGUGUGAGACCAUAACGUACAGACCAUAAGAGUGCUACUGCCCUAAAUUGCCAACUAUUCGCGCGCAAGGUUCAGCGACGAUGUAGAGAGAAAAAGAGAGGGAGAAAGAGAGAGACGGACGGUAUUAGAGGAGAAAAAAAGACAGAGAAAAGAGAGAGAGAAAAGACGAACGCCGCGUGUUUAGAUGUCACGGAGUCCUGAAUCGCGCGCAAAUGCGAACGGUGAUAAUCGUACUUCGUUGAGUAUAUAUACUUACGAUCGGAGCACUAGAAUUGUUUUAUUGAGUUUCGCCGAUUGACCACGCGUCAAAAGUACUUUUUAGAACGGUGCUCUUUUUUCACGAUUUUUACGAUUUUCUAAUUUUUACUCGAGAGAAAGUGUCGAUAAACGCGUCUUAAGAGACGAUCGUACGGAGUAAUAAAAAGGGAGAGAGAAGAAUGAUAUUAGAGCGACCGGCUGGACGCCGGUUAGUAUAUAACUCGUGAAUCUCCAUUUGUCGUUAUCAGAGAAAGAAAUAAACGUUGUUACAAGCAUACACGAUUAUUAAUAACAAUUUGACGGUUCCUAUUGACAAACCAUGUUGCGAUGGAAAAAUCCGUUUUUAUCGAGGCCCCGAAGAGGCAACGUAGGACGUUUACCUUCUUCGUACACGAAGUCGACACUGAUACGCCCGACUCGCGUCCGUGCGAUGUUCUCUCUCCGAGGGGGGAAUUUCACACGAGCUCCUGCAAACUCCUCGCGAAGUCGCGUCACGCACGCGGUAUCCUCGGUCCCAGAACUCGGCUCUAUCCACCGCGACGCGAACACAGACGCAACUAUGACGAGACGCCGGGAUAAUACGGUGACGAAAUCACUCUAUUCCUGAGAUUCUUUCCUCGUAUUUUCACACGCUAGAAUACGACGCGGCGUAAAUUGUUAUAUCUUAUGUAACAUGUGUACUUUAUAUUUUUAUUAUUAUUUUUUUUUUUUUAUUAUGCGGUAGAAAAAUGAAAUAUCUUAUACUUCAAGAUCUGGAGUUGAAUAUCGUUUUUCUUUUCUACGUUACUGCAUGAUCUGAUAGAGGUGGUUUCAUUCGGAAAAUAGAUAACAAUUGGUAACAUUGCCCUCUUUUAUAAAGUUCCACCGAAUUAUUUAUGUGGAGUAGCAAUCUCAUUGUAAACGUUUAUCCCUCUUGGGACAGGAUUAUACAAUACUUAUCCCUUUAGUCGGGUUCCGGGAUUACGUCACGAGACAAAUUCCGAGAGAGAAAGAGAGAGAAUUCGCACGGACGAGAGAAUACGACGAGCUCGAACAACCGACAGAACCAGGCAUUUUAGUUUACUUUCUUAGCUGAGUUGAUUUCGAUUGCGAUUGCAUAUAAUUUCUCUCUCCCCUCUUGCCAUUGAUCUGUUUUGAUUAUCCUUUUCUCGUUUUUUUCUUCUUGUUUUAAAUUCUUACUUUUGUUUUUGUGGGAAUUUAUUCAGUCGCACAUUAGUUUCGCUUGACUAGUUCUGGAAAUACGUGUUUAGUGUGCGCAUGAUAUGUGUGUUGCGAUCAUUGCGAUUCUACCGAUUACAGUUUUACCGUAUAAAUUAUAAAUUCGUUAUCGCUGUAGUUCUUAUACAUAUAACCAUGUACAACCGCCGCUGCCGACCGUAGCCGCCAACCACCACCGCCGUCGCCGUAAUUGUCACUAGUGACCACUGUCAUGAUUAAUCACGCUAAUCUCGAGCGACGAGCGCGGAAAUCGAGAGCGACUGUCCAGUUUUCCCGACGGGCUCAAUUUUCGACGCCGGAAAAUAAUCGUGACGGUAAUCUAGAACACCGGGGAUAAUUGGAAAAUCCUUAGGCGAUUCGUUAUAUUAAAUAUCGCGAAUACGAAGUACUGAUACGCGUAUCGGAGAAUGUAGGGAUUUUGCCAAUAAUGAAAUCGCGAAAAAAAUGCCUUAAAUUCGCGAUAAUUAUCAUCGCUAAAUCGCCGAGAGAGAGAGAGAGAGAGAGGGAGAGGGGGGGGGGCGAUAUCCGUUAUUAAUUUCGUCACCGGAAGAGCUCGCUGAAUUUUCCACGAUCGCCUAACGUUCCGAAUAUCUUCGUCACACACAGCCAUCCGUACCAAUGGACAAUGGAAAGGCGCGAAACGGCUGUGAGUGUAAAUUACACACGUUUCCCGUAUUUUUCGCGUCGAAAAUUGAGCCCGCGCUCGAAAUAAUACGCUUUCGAUUCCCGGAUAAGAGACUACAAAAGGAGCGCGGUUCGCGGAUCUCGAAGGCCUGGUCGUGUCCGGAACGGGCGGUCUUUUACCUCAAGUGCCUGUGCACGUGCACACGCUCGCAAACACGCGCAUUGAUCGCCUCGGCCGAGGCUCGCGCGCGCGGAGGAAACACCACCGGCGAUCGAUCGAUGUGACGAGGUCUUCGACCCAGAUCUUUUUUACGUCCUUUUUACGUCCGUUCUCGCAAUGCCUGGGUUCCUUAGAUAUUAGUCCACAACGCAUGGCAUGCGCUUUGUUAUCAUUACUACUCCUUUGUUUUUUUUUUUCUAUUUUUUUUUCCUUCUCAAUCGACGAGCAACGCCGACGUUUCGCCGGCGAUGUUCCCAUUCCACGUCCGUGAACGACGUCGUCCGUUCCGGUGGCGAGAACGCGGAGAACUCGCGACCUCUCCGCGAAAUUUUCGACGUACUACGUUCGCAGCGUCUCGCGUUUACCGUGCCAGAUUGCGUCUACCGACGGAAUUUUUAGCAGCAAUUACGAAUCCCCCGACGGGAGCGCGUUAAUUAUGCCGGCCCGUGACGUCGACAAAAUCGCCGCGAAUUAGAAACGCUUGUUUACGAAAUCGGGGGAAGCCCAUGUUGGAGGAGGGGGGGGAGAAAUCCGUCAUUUCGCGGUGUAACUCGCGUCGACGGGCGAAUUUUAUUUUCUCAAUUAUUUCCAAGCGAAUUCCGGUUUCGGGCGGAAAUUUCAUUCCGCGGGCCCGAUGUUUAAUGUCGGGAAUUGAAAAGUCGCUGUAACCAAAUUUCUGGUAAUAAAAAAUUGAUUUCACAUUCGCCCGAAGAAUCCGUAAUUGCAGUUUGACACGGUAGAAGUGAGAUUGGCUUCGCUGUGCACAGCCGAAACAUACAGCGCGCGAAUGAAUCCGAUCCGCGCUAAUCGAGAAAGCGCUUUUCGACGUCGAAAUCGGACGACGAAACUUCUGUCGGAAUCGGCGCGUCGCCUCUCGCAAAUCUCGCGAGCGCCGAAAUUUCAUCGGACUCGCAACGCUCUGCCAUCGGAAUACUGCAUUCCAAUAUCUCGGAAUUCGGAGCAACCAAAUAGCAUCCUGUAUGCCGAUGAGAGGAGAGAAGAGCGCCGGAUAGAUCGCGUUUAAUCGACGCGGAACCUUUUCAUUAAAAUUGCACCCGGCAAGCAAAUACCAUUUUAUGCCAUUUUGCAUUUUAAUUCGCCCAAUUUACUCGUCGAUUGGUCGAUUCGUUCCGAAGCCGUUCUUCCUUCCGUUCCGCGCUUUCACUUUUGAGUAAUAGGAUAUCGGUCGGUCCGAUAUCGAGAGGUAUCGGUGCGCCGAGGUGUCGAUAACAAUAACCUAACACGAAAGUCGCGAUUACACGGUGAUCGUCCGAGAAGGCUCUAACCAGACGUCAUCGUGAGAUAUCGCGGAUAGCCCGUGACGGGCGACGAGCUCUGGAGCUUCACCGUCGGGCCACCGCCGUCGUAAAAGAUCGGAGAACGGCGAUUUUUACGCGCUCAAACGCGCUCUUACUUCCGGCGACAAUAAACUCCACGGCGUAACUUCGGGAACCGCCGCGGACCGAGCGUAGCCGGCGCGUUCGCGAGCGUGCAGAUAAAGGCGUUCUUAGGAGACGCUUAAAGUCGGCGCACGUCGGAAGACGAGACCGCGGGGACGAGCGGCGGGCUUUAAACCGAUAAGACAAUGUCGGCGUGCCAGCAGCCGCAAAGACAGAAGGAAAACGUUUGAGAAACAGAGAGAGAGAGAGAGAGAGAGACAAAGAGAGGAAGA